UCUCCACCUCGCGCGACAGACGUGCCCCCAGAGCCCGAACUUCCUCAUCCCAUCGUCCGGGUCUCCAGGCAUACUCAAAGUGCCAUUCUUUAUGCUCUAGAGGUUUCUCGGCACCCCAACCCCUUCACGCCUGAUCUUGUCGAAGAGACUGCAGAGAUGGCGGAUAUCUCAGUCCCCCCAGAAGGACAUGGUGGCGGCAACGGCAAUGGCCUGGCAGCUCCGCGCCGACCUCCUCAGCCAACCGGAUCUCCUUCGGGGAUUCGGGGUCCUAGAAUGAUCAUGGCGGAGCGUGCGGCAAGAGAAGCCCGCCAAAAGGCCGAAAAGGCUGAAGCAGAGAGGGCACGGCUGGAGCGCGCGCGAGCAGAACAGGAAGCUCGACUAGAAGAGGAAGCGCAGCGGAGAGUAGCAGAACAACGCGCUGCUGCUGCUGCUGGCGUUGCUACAGGCCAGGACCAGACUUCUGGCCAACGCCGUCCACAAUACAAUGAGCCUCAGCGUCCACCACAUGUCGCUGAAGCCAUGCAGUCUAUCCCCGCUGCGCCCACUACACCGCAACCGACCACCCAUCGACGUUCGAAUUCGGCGGCCUACGGCCAGAACCAGCAAAUUCCCUCCCAGGUCUACUCUGGACAGAACCAGCAGCAAACGUCGCAACCUCCGCUACAGCAAGCUUCUGUACCCCCUCAAACCGUCGAACCGCCUCCAUUGACCGGUGCUUCGGGCAGCUCGAAGCCGCGCAACUCAUUCCCGCACGCCUUUGAGCGUUGGGAGACUCUAUCUGCACACUGGGAGGGUUUGACAAGCUACUGGAUUCGCAAACUGGAGCAGAACAAGGAGGAACUCAACCGAGAUCCGGUCAGCAGUCAACUGUCGCGGCAAGUCACCGACCUCUCUGCGGCCGGCGCCAAUCUCUUCCACGCCGUAGUCGAGCUGCAAAGGCUACGGGCAAGCUCAGAGCGCAAGUUCCAACGGUGGUUCUUUGAGACGCGGCGUGAACUAGAGCAGGCGCAUGAGCUCAACACGGUACUGAAGAAUGCGCUCGAGCAAGAGCGACAGGGUCGAGAAGAAGCUGUCCGCGAAGCCCUUGAGAAGCAUGAAGGCUCACCCCGCGACAGGGAGAGGGUCCUGGAAAUGAAGAAAGAGUUGGCCAUCUCCAAGGAUGAGGCUCGACGCGCGUGGGAGGAGCUCGGUCGGCGCGAACAGAUUGAAAGAGACCGCACACUUUCACUGCAAGCUGGCCACCCCACGAUUGUGGGUGGCGUCCAGGUCGUCCCCAUGACGCACGGGGCACCAGGGCGGCAGACGAGUGCGCGCGACCCCCAGCAGUAUCAAUAUGCGUCCGAGCAUCCCCCUUCCGGGCACGCCUCGCCUGACCCCGCGAGUCAACAGCAGCAGCAUCAGCAGCAGCAUCAGCAACAGCGUCAGCAACCUCCGCAGGGCGGCUACAGCGAAGGUGAGUUCGUGACCGACGUCCAAGGCCGGCCAGUCUACGACGACCGCGGGAACAGGAUCCCCCUCGCUGCGCCGUCCAGUUGCUCGGGUUCUGAUGCCGAACUAGAAGAAUACGACACGCCGGCAACGACCAACCCACCGAGCGGGACAUACGAUUCGCCCGCUUCCGGGCCACCAGGGGGAGGCCAACAACAGCAGCAGCAGCAGCAGUGGUCGGGGAAUUACUCGGAGCCACAAGACUACUCAGGACAGGCAUAUGGGGCGCCUAGUUGGAGUGAGCCCAGAGACGCGCCCCGGCACUACCAUCCCACUCGUCUCAGCGACGUGAUCGAAGAGGAGGACGAGAGGAGCCGCACGAGUGGGGGGCAGAUGAGCCGCGGCUAACUAAUGUUGGGAGUCGAAGUGGCAUUUGCAUACAGCGUCUGCAUUCACAUACUACUCUUCUAUUCUCCUUUUUCAUAUUUCAUUUUCCUUUGCCUGUUGUAAUUUCAAGAUGGGGCGUUGGGCCACGCACGAUGAAAGGGACGGGGGUUGG